AUGGAAAAACCAAGGGAGUCCGGUUCUCCCUUAUUAAAGCCGGUGGGAACGGAUUGUUCCGAAAAGAGAGCAGCGCAUGCAACGAGCUCUAAGACAAUGAGCACGCAAACAGUGGCUAAGCCUGGUCUGAAUGCUAAGGUUGGCACCAGUGCUGGAACUACGGCUAAGCCAAGUUCCAGCAAAGCAACAACAACAACGGCAGCCGGAGCCAGGCCUACCAACCAGAGGCAGAAGGUAAAGAAAGAAGCCAAGCGUAUUUUUGCUGGUGUAUCAACCAGAGAAUGGCCAGCCUUUAAGGUGGAAGAGCCAUCGAAAGCGAAAUAUGCGGAGAGGAAACGCGCUGCAUAUAUUUUACGCAUAACGCACCUGCACCCACCAACAAAGGAGGAGCUCACAAAAGAGCUCCAGGAAACAUUGGAGUGUGCAAAGGCGGUGUUACCCAACUUUAGCAUGGAACCGCCAGUAGGUGCUACUAAAAGGCAAAGGUCAGCUGAAGAGGCUAAGCCGUCAGCUAAGCGGCCGAAAACAAGGGGUGGGAUGACCAAUAGAUCCUUUGCGGAUGUGGGCCGGAACCGCAUCAUCAUUGGUGUUCUGGAUGAGGGAGAUCGCGAAGGCAGAAUUCCCUGA